UUGGAAUACAGGUGAACGCAUUGUAUUCAUCAGAACACUUGCUUGCUUUGAUUGCUUGCCCUAGUGGUGGAAUUCUCCAUCACUGAAUUUCAAAAUCUCUUUGUUUAAGGAAGAUUGAGAGAGUAGAAUUUUGGAUUUAGCUAUAACUUAUUCCGUUUAACAGAAUCUUUUGAGUGGAAUUUGAUGGAGGCAGGAGGUGGUAGUGAAAGUCCUGAUGAGCCGAAGAAGGGCAAAUCAAAAACACCCAGGAAGCCCAAAGAAAGCAUCCUCAAGCAGAAAUCACCAGCUGAGUUCUUUGCGGAGAACAAGAAUAUUGCUGGGUUUGAUAAUCCUGGGAAGUGUCUCUAUACUACUGUGAGGGAGCUUGUGGAAAAUUCUCUUGAUUCUGCAGAGUCUAUAUCUGAGCUUCCCGUGGUAGAAAUUACUAUUGAAGAGAUAUUGAAAACCAAGUUUAAUUCUAUGAUUGGUCUGGUUGAUCGAGAACGUGUUGAUGAGGAACUUUAUGAUGAUUAUGAGACUGCUAAGGCUCGUGAGAAAAGAUUAGCGAAAGAAGCACGUGCUCAAGAAAUACAGGCGAAAAAUGCUGCCCUUGGGAAGAAAGGCAGAGAACCUGCAGCCUCAAAGGGUAUGAAAGGUCGUGGUGAGGCUUCAUUCUACCGGGUGACUUGCAAAGAUAAUGGAAAAGGAAUGCCACAUGAUGACAUACCAAAUAUGUUUGGCCGAGUGCUCUCCGGAACAAAAUAUGGCUUGAAGCAAACCCGUGGAAAGUUUGGUCUGGGUGCAAAGAUGGCAUUAAUUUGGUCUAAGAUGAGUACUGGUCUUCCUAUAGAGAUAUCAUCAUCAAUGAAGGGUCAAAACUACACUUCAUUCUGCCGCUUAGAUAUCGAUAUUCAUCGGAACAUUCCACACAUUCAUAUCCAAGAAAAACGUGAUAACAAGGAUCUAUGGCAUGGAGCUGAAAUUCAAGUUGUAAUUGAAGGAAAUUGGACAACUUACCGUUCAAAAAUUUUGCAUUAUAUGCGACAGAUGGCAGUUAUUACACCUUAUGCUCAAUUUCUUUUCAGAUUUGUUUCAGACACACCUGAUAAAAAUAUCACAAUUAGAUUUUCCCGAAGAACCGAUGUUAUGCCUCCAGUUCCUCUAGAGACUAAACACCAUCCAUCUGCUGUCGAUUUACUGUUGAUAAAGCGCCUUAUUGCAGAAACAGCUAAACAGAACCUUUUACAGUUUCUCCAGCAUGAAUUUGUAAACAUAGGGAAACCAUUUGCUGAACGGUUAAUUGGCGAAAUGGGCCCAGAAUUUAGCCCAAAAAUGUCUGUUAAGUCUCUGACAUCUCAGCAAAUAGUCCGUAUUCAUCAGUUGUUUCGUCAAGCUAAAUUUGAUGAUCCUAGUGGUGAUUGUCUUAGUCCUGCUGGGGAGUACAAUCUUCGACUUGGAAUUAUAAAGGAACUGCAUCCUGACAUGGUUGCUACUUAUUCAGGCAGUGCUCAAGUUUUCGAGGGACAUCCAUUCAUUGUUGAAGCUGGUGUUAGUAUUGGAGGAAAAGAUGUGAAACAGGGUCUGAAUAUUUUCCGGUUUGCUAAUCGGAUACCCCUUCUUUUUGAGCAAGGUGCUGAUGUCGUUACUAGGACUGCACUUAAGAGGAUCAAUUGGAAUAGUUAUAAAAUCAAUCAAGCUCAAGACAAAAUUGGUGUGUUCGUGAGUAUUGUUAGUACUAAGAUUCCUUUCAAGGGAACUGGAAAGGAGUACAUUGGAGAUGAUAUAUCUGAAAUAGCAUCUGCUGUCAAGUCUGCCAUUCAGCAGUGCUGCAUUCAAUUGAAAAGCAAAAUAGUGAAGAAAAUACAAGCACGCGAGCAACAGGAGAGGAAGCGGAAUUUGAGCAGAUAUAUCCCGGAUGCAACAAAUGCUGUUUAUAAUGUUUUGAAAGAAAUGGCUCAAGUGCAUGCAUCAAAGAAGAAACGUCAUGACUGUGAGGAUGCUGAAAUACUCAGUAAAGUAUCUGCUCGCUUGAUUACAAAUGAGACAUUGAGGGAUAAACUUGCACAACAUGUUGAACAGGUUGACCACGAAAUGGCCAUGGAAUAUGCCACACAGAGUGGAGCAAGUGCAGAAGCCAAAGAAGAAAUGUAUAUUCAAUCACUGGAUGCAACACAUAGCUUCACUGACUUUCAGAGCCCUUUGUUUGUUUUCAGACUGAUUUGUUAAUCUUCAUUGAUUGAUUAUUUUUUACCUAUUCAUUUUAUUAUGAAUAGAUAAAAAGCACCAAAUUGUAAUUGUUAUUGAACUCAUUGUGGGAAAAAAAAAAAAUAAAGAUAGAAGAUGAGGAAAAAGAGAGGAAAUUAAUUCUAAAGAAUUUCACGUACCAUUUUUUGUUUGAAAUAUUGCCUUUUAUAAAAGAUGUUGAAUAUAUCUUAUAGAUAUUCGAUAUCAA